ACCAGUCCCUCAGUCAAGACGCUUCACUUCCAAGAGGAACUCAAUCUACUGAAGUCAUGGCUACUUCCGGCAGUCUUCUGUGUGAAGAGCAGCUCCAGUGCGCAAUAUGUCUGGAUGUGUUUAUUGAUCCAGUGUCAACUCCAUGUGGACACAACUUCUGCAUGACCUGUCUCAAAGAAUGCUGGGACAACAGUUCCUCCUGCCAGUGCCCACUCUGUAAGCAGGAUUUUGCUAAAAGGCCUGAGCUUCAUGUAAAUACGUUCAUCUCCGGACUGGCUGCUCGGUUCAGGAAGUCGGGUCAGAAGAAGCCUCCAUGCAGCAACACAGCAGAGCAGUUCAACUCCAAGGGUACAAAAGUGCUGUGUGACUGCUGCACGGGGGAGAAGCUGGAGGCUUUAAAGUCCUGUCUGGACUGUGGAGUUUCUUACUGCGACGCUCAUUUGAUGCCUCACAGAACUGCAGAUAAACUCAAGAAACACAAACUGAUUGAUGCUGUGGAGAUGCUGAAGGAUUACAUCUGCCAGAAGCAUGAGAGACCCCUGGAGUUAUUCUGCAGAGAUGACCAAAUGUGUGUGUGUCAGUUCUGCACUGAGGGAGACCACAAAACUCACAGCAUUGUUCCUAUAGAGGAGGAGAGUCUGGCAAAGAAGCCCCAGCUUGGAAAAAUGCACGCAGAUGUUCAGCAGAUCAUCCGAGAGCAAAUGAGGAACAUUGACGAUAUUAAACACUCUGUAAAACUCCACCAUAGAAACACAGAGAAGGAGAAGGGAGACAGUAUAAAGGUGUUUGAAGAGCUGAUGCGCCGUGUAGAGAAGAACCAGGCUGAGCUGCUCAGGAUGAUGAGGGAAAAGCAGAGAGAGGCACAGCGACAGGCGGAAGAGUGCAUUAAACAGCUGGAGGAAGAAAUCACUGAGCUGAAGAGGAGAGACACCGAGCUGGAGCAGCUCGCACACACUGAAGAUCAUCUCCACUUCCUGCAGAUAUACUCGUCAGUGUGCGGCCGUAAACACACCAAGAACUGGACUGGCAUCAGGUUUAAUCAUGAAAUGAGUGGGGAGACUCUGAUGAGAGCGCUGUUUGAACUUCAGGAAUAUCUCAAUAAGGAAAUGGAGAAACUUGCUGGAAUUAAACUGAAAAAAAUUCAGCAAUUUGCAGUGGAUGUGACACUGGAUCCUGAUACGGUUCAUCCGUACCUCAUUUUGUCUGAAGAUAGAAAACAAGUGAUAUGUGGUGACUGUGUACAGAACUACCCUGAUAACCCUGAGAGGUUUAACCGCUGUCCCUGCGUUCUGGGGAAGGAAGGAUUCUCCUCUGGGAGAUCUUAUUACGAAGUCCAGGUCGGAAGGAAGACCAUGUGGGAUUUAGGAGUUGCCCGAGAGUCAGUUAUUAGGAAGGGAAAGAUCACAGCCUGCCCUGAGAAUGGAUACUGGUCUGUGUGUCUGAGGCAUGAAACUGAUUAUAAGGCUUGUGAGUCUCUCUGGAUUUCACUCUCUUUAAAACAGAAGCCUGAAAAAAUCGGCGUGUUUGUGGAUUACGAAGAGGGUCUCGUUUCGUUCUAUGACGUAAAGACUAAGACUUGUAUCUACUCUUUUACUGGUCAGUCUUUCUCCGAGAAACUCUAUUCAUAUUUUAGUCCGUGUCUCAGGGAUAAGGGGCAAAAUUCACUACCACUGAUUAUUAAACCUGUUCAACAAUCUGCAUGAAAUUUGCUUUAAUAAAAACUUUACACUCCUGAUACACUAUAUAGACAAAAGUAUUAAGACACCAGACCUUUCCUGCCAUAUGUGGUUCUCCAAAAUGUUACCACAAAGCUGGAGGCACAUAAUUGUUUAGGACGUCUUUGAAUGGAAACCCGAAUCUGUUCCAGCAAGGCAAUGCCCCUGUGCACAAAGCAAACUUCAUGAAUCUUUGGUUUCCAUGCUUUUAAUAAGAAAGUUUUUUCGUGGCUUGCUAGAUCUGAUCUAGAGCUCUGAUCUCUCCUAUUGAACACCUUUGGAAUAAAUACAUCAGUUCCUUUGUGGCUGAUGAACACAAAUGUCCAGAAGCACACUCCAAAAUCUAGUGGAACAUCUUCGAAAGGACUAAAUGUGGAAUGUGAUGUUCAAAAAUUACAGUACUUAUGACCAGGUGUCCGCAAACUUUUGCCAAUAUAGUGCGCUUUUUGAAAUAUGUAUCAGGAGAUAUUGAAUUAUUUAACAUUAUAGAUGUGCUAUUUGUAAGUGUGAAGUAAAUCUCUAAUUAAAUCUGUAAUUAUCCUGAGAAUAGUUUCCUCUGUUUUGGUCUACAACUAUUUAAUAUCUGUCAUUAAUGUAAUUCAUAAUUAAUGAAUCAUUUAUUAUUUAUUAUUAUUCAUUAAAAGACUGUAGCUUACUGGAAUGCUCAGAGGGUCAUAGCAGACAACACCAACGCACUUUCUACACGUUAACAUUGACAUUGCUUCGAUAUUUUUCUAUUAAACAAAUACAUGAAAAAAAAGAAAUGUUCAGGUUUUUUUGGGGGUUUUAUCCCCUGCGGUUUUGUGCAGAUGUUCACCAUAAAUCAGUCGGAAUCAGAAUCAGAACACUUGUUGGGCUGCAGUUGUACAGUAAAAUUAAAGUAAAGAUUAAAGUAAUAUAAAAUAUAAGAAUUUUGUGCAUAUUUCUUUAAAGAUUUUUCAGCAAAUGUGCAUAUUAGGUUAUAAAUUAAGUGUAUAUGCUGAUGAAUUUCCUAUGUAUUGAAAUAUAUUGUAUGAAAUACAAGACUACAAUAAUACAGUUAAACAAGUUAUUGCACAUGUAACAAUUAUUAUUAUUAUUAUUAUUAUGUAAUUGCACAUAAAUUGAUUUUAAAAGAUUUAAAAAUGAUAUGUGUGGUAUAAAAAUGUAUAACUAUAUCUAUAUCGUGAACCAGCUGUUUAACACUCACUGCUUCCUAUGACAGAUUUAUAUAAUAUAUCCUUCUAGCUGCGUGUGAACGUUUGCAUGUCUUCUGAGCUAAAUAUUACGCUUUAUGGAUGGUCCACAAAAAAUGUAGCAUGAAAAGGAAAUGAACUGUUUUUAACACUCUUCUCAAAUGUGGUGGAACUUUUUCUUUCUAAGAAAUAUGUAUAUGUAUUCAAUAUAUCCAA